CAACAAUCACUUUAAACAAUGGCGGCAAGCGGUUCACGAGUGGGUUUACGUUGGGGCGAUAGUGAAGUCGAGUGUUUACUUGAAAUUUGGGCCGACGACAGCAUUCAGUCGCAGCUGGACACCACACACAAGAAUUCGGGGGUGUUUGGUGCAAUACGUGACUAUUUAGAACAUCGUGGAUACCACCGAACUAUGGGACAGUGUCGGGACAAAGUUAAAAAGCUGAGGUUCCAAUACCUCAGAGUGCGGGACGCACUCCGCAGGUCGGGCUCGUCUUCUGAUGAAAAGGGCCGGUUUCCGUGGUACGACGCUGUCGACCUGAUAAUUGGCCAUAAAACAAGCAGUGUGCCGAGAGUUUUGGAGUCGAGUCCGGUGUUCUGCAGGUUGGAAUGCACGACGGAGGACAAUAUACGUGAAACUCCAUUGAAAGUCGCUUUGUGUCGCAGGCGCCGGAAGGGCCUCCGCGACAAGUACAUCCGGGAGGUCAGGAAGGAGAAGCAGGCAAUCGUGAGUGGGGAGAUCGUAGGCUCACAGGGGAGGUGGAGACACACUGCUGACCGGGCCUUCCUCAUGGAGCCGCCUCGGGACAUGAAGAACUGGACUGGGGGAGGAGGAGAUCACAGCAACACCGAGCCCGAGUUGCCAGUGGUCAACGGCGAGGUCCACGGUUGUGUGGAGAAGCCAGCGGAAAUAGAGGUUAAAACUGAGGAUGUUGAGGACGAGCCUGAGGAGGAGUCGGCUGCGGCCCAUGGCAUGGGGAGCUACACGCGGGCAGAGCCGACCGUUCAACAAAGCUCGGCCAAACUCUUCUGCCAAAGCAUCGUGCCUCAUUUGGAGAGGCUGCCUCUAGAGAAACUCAUCCAGGUGCAGAUACAGAUCCUCCAAGUGGUUCAAGAUGCAACGGGCAGCUAGUCUUUUUUUUAUCACACACAAAUCUAAAAUAAGCUUCAGCAUCACAGAGAUGCAUUUUAGCUAACAAUACAGAAGUAAUUGUUGUUGUAGAAUUGUUCUCCUACUCUCCCAUAUUGGGAAGAACAUGGGAUUAAACGUUUGAGGACCUUUUUGUGUUUUUUUUUAUGAACGUUUUUUUUAUGGUGAAGAAAUGGACAACAAACCUGUCAUUUACUUGUAUCCUUAAGGGUUUUUGAUGAGAUUUUUUCUUUUGGCAUUGUGUUAAAACAUUGUAAAUAAUGUGUAUUUGUUUUCUCCAAUUUCAUUUUAAAAUGAUGACAACAUUUGUGCUACUGCGUUUCAGUAGUUAUGAGUCCAUGCCUGGGAAUGGGGAAAUGCACCCUGGUUUUUAGCAUUUCUCACGAAAGCCGGUCUAUGUAAUCUCUCCUCCCUACCGCUCCAGCAUUAAUCACGAAACACAGCGCAACAAUGGUUUUAUGGCUAAGUUACAUUUCCUAGGAUACCACCAUUUCAAGCGACGGCAUCCAAUGCUGCGACCAUGACACUAUUUUUGUAGUUUAACAGGCUGAAGGAUGUGGAGGAGAGCAACACUAUUUCACUUUCUUCAGUCAAAUCCACUAACAUUCCAUGCACUAGAUAAGGAUAUAUCUAGAAUAUUUUCCAUUUGGAUAUCUGAAAUUAAUGUUUUGACUUUGACAAUUGGAUUGUAUAUCUGAAAUGUGAAUAUUUCCUAGUAACAAGAGAUAUAUUUAUCUAUUUGUUUGUGUAGGCGGCCUAUGUUUGAAUAAUGCUAUUGUGGAUAUCCGAAACUGAAAGCCCAAUAAAGCAAAAGUGACGUCACAUGUCCGAGGAAAA